GUGCGACGCGACUUGGCGGCGGCGACGGAGCCAGGCCACGCGGCGCCGAAGCCCGCGCCGCAGCCUGCGUCGCGGCCAGCCAGAGCGCCAUCACCUGCGGCGGCGCUGCGGCCGGUGGUGCCGCCGCCGAGGAAGAAACCUCACGCCAAGCUCGUGGCCCCCCGCGCGGCGCCCGAGGGCGCCAGCGAGGCGAUCGCCUCGCCGCGGGCCCCGCUGGUGUCCGCGAUGGCGCUCGACCUCGACCUGGGGCCGGCGGCCGCGGCCGGGGCGCGCGCCGGGGACCCAGCGCCCGGCGGCGCCGCGUGGGCUCGCCUGCCGGUGUUCGCCCCGGAGGACCUCGUCGGCUCGAGCUCGAAGCGGGUGGGCUCGCUUCCGCCGAUCCACGGGGCCUCUGGCAAGUCGGGCGACGUUUCAUGGAAGGUGGCGGCGCCGAGGCCGUCCUCGAGGGGUGCCCGGGCUGUGGACUGGGCGGUCUGACGCCUUCCCGCGCGCAGGGCCGGCGCGACCCGGGGGGGGGCGCGGUGCGUCCUGUCUCUGGCCCCCCCUCCUCAGAGGAGCUCCUCGAGGCGCUGGAGCUCUGGGCCUCCUCCUCCUCUCACCUCCGGAGCGGACCUCGCCGCUCCUGGCGACCUCUGGCGGCCCCGCUGCCGCUGGCGCCCCUCUCCGCGGCCAGCGCGCGCGGCAGCCGCUCGCUCGCCGCGGCCCUGUCGGCUCUGUCGCCGGGGGCGCUGGCUCUGCUCCGGCGCGCCGGCCCCCGCCAGGCCUGGCCCAGGGCCCAGGGUCUCUAG